GUGAUGUCCAGUUUUUUCCUGUUGGGAGCGCUGUCUCUCCUUGGUCUGGUGCAGGGCCAGGUUUCUGCUAUUGCAAGUUUGAAAGAGGUGGCAUUGACCCUUAACACCCCUCUGACCUGUGCUAAGAUGAACUGUGAUUGUGCCUUCACCUCUGAGCGCAGCUGCUGCUGUGGAGCCAGUGACAUGUAUCAGACUGAGAACUAUGUGUAUGAACGCAUGAAGGACCUUUACAUGAGAAUCAACAAGCUCAAGACAGAAGUGCAGGAGCUCACAACUGAGAGGAAAGUAGCAUUCCAGGCCCAUAUGAAGAACAACAUUGCCACUGCGUCUUUCACUGGUGGCAUGGCCUGUUUCGGCCCCUUCAACAUUGAUGUACCCAUCCCCUUUGGAGAGGUCCUGCUCAACGAUUACAAUGGAUACAACAAAGCCCUGGGAACAUUUACUGCACCAAGAAACGGCGCCUAUGUGUUUUCAUUCACUAUUACUUCAUUGGUUAAAGAGACUGAGCUUAUGUAUCACAAGGUGGAGCUAGUUGCGGAGGGGGGAUCAGUAGUGGCUGUUUGGGAGAACAACAGAGAAGACUUCCAGGACAGUGCCACUCAGCAUGUGAUCCUGCUGCUGGAGAAGGGAAACCAGGUUUACCUCCGGCUUGUGUCAGGACGCAGAAUCUGCACAACACUGGAGAGCAACACAUUCAGUGGGUUUAUGCUCUACCCAGUGGACAACUAACUCACCAACAAUAAAUAUGACAAAGUUGUCACAGUGAAUCAGGGCUGUGG